GAAAAGCAGACGCUCUGCUAACCACUUCCGGAAAACUGACAGAAUGAGAUAGUUGCAUACGCGCUCAACAAAAUUUCAUCUCAGGGUGAUGGGGCCAGACAGUGCCCCAGGUCCAGCUGUGUCCUGGCGGAAGGUGCUGUGGGAGCGACAGCCAUUCCCUGAUAACUAUGUAGACCAGCGGUUCUUGGAGGAAUUACGGAGGAAUGAGGGCAUCCGGCAGUACCGCUACUGGGCUGUGGUGAGAGAAGCAGGCUUCGUCGGUGAGCAGCUGUCCUGUGUGGCCAUUUUUAUCUCAGUCUGGCUCUACAUGGAGCAGGGUCGGCUGUCCCCUGAGACGCUGAUAUGGACCAGCCUUGUCUGCGCCCUGUUGGGUUAUGGACUGCACCAAGCCUUGACGUCUCAAGUGGAAUCAGGCUGUGAGCCCCGGACUCGUCUGGCUGACUUACAGAGUGCCACUAUUUUUCUUUCCUUCACCUUUGGCUUCUCGCCAGUUUUAAAGACACUAACUGAGUCUGUGAGUACGGACACAGUGUACGCCAUGUCUGCUAUGAUGCUGCUGGCCCACCUGGUGUCAUUCCCUUAUGCCCAGCCCUCACCCCCAGGAAGCCUCUCCCUAAACGCAGCCCUGUUUGCCUCAGUGUGUUUAGCCUCAAGGUUACCUGGGGCUCUGCACACCUUCGCCAUGCUCAGUUGUGCCCUGCUGAUGUUUGCACUGUGGCCCUGCUUGCUGCAGAGACUGAGGGAGAACGCACCCAUGCACUUUACUGGGGUGUGUGUGGGAGUGUGUAUCGGAGGGGUGGGUGGUCUGGGGUCCCAGUGGCCAGGGGGAGCCGUGCUUUUAGCCCUGGCCUUAGGGAGUGUUACAUUACUCUGCCCCCUGCUGCUAGUUAGACUGCAGAGGCACAAGGACAACAUCCACGGGCCCUGGGACGAGGCUGAGAUUCACGAGGACCUCAGCCACUUCAUUCACUAGUGGACAUUUAAUGUGUAAGCCAAGGGAGAAUUUUAUAUGAAUUAAUUUAAUGUCAGUUUGCAGUGUUAUGUUGGUGCUGUAGAUCCAAACUGACAGACGUUAACUCUUUUAUCACUGGCCCACAUCUGCUUGGACAGCCACGACAACUUGUUAUACUCUCACAGAGAACAUGAAGAUGUUUUUAAUGAUCAAGCUGCUAUUGUCUUACAAGUGUUGACCUCAGAGUUUAUAUGGAAGGUAUCAACUAACGUGAUGCAGACGUGCAUUACUGGACACAUUCUAAUGCUAUGCACUAAUUUGAUAUCAGUGAUGUUUUAAUAAUCUGUGGGAGAUGCUCCAUGUUUUUAUUGUUGUGUACAGUAUGUUGUUGGUGUUGUGUGUGAAUGGACGGAUGCUUAGUCUCGAGCUGAGUGGCUUCAAAUUGUAAAUGUACAAAUUAUGAUUUUAAAGGAUUUUCCCAAUACAAAGGAGUUAUUAAAAGAUCAUUUUUACCUGCUACUGUCCAAGUGUAAUCAACGAUGAUUAAAAAAUAGCCUCAAACGUAUUGUCAGUUGUACAUGAGGCUGAUUUCAUUUUAAUUUUUGACAAGCAAAUUUAAUUUAAUUUUAAUGGUGUGAACUCUCCUUUCCAAUAUUCUAGGAUUACAUGAGUAAAUCUGGGAGAAGUCUAGUAUAACCUUUAUCAUCAUACAGGGCAGAGAACAUGCAGCUCUCUUUCUCAUUUAGUUAAACAAAAGAAGAAUACAGAUUCAGUGCACUAAUAGCACAGUAACAAAAGAGCAGAGGUAAAUCACACUAGACAAAUAUGAGUCACAUUUGAAAGUAGUUUCACACAUUGCUCAAACUCCUCCAGGAAAACAACAGAAUACUGCUUUUUAUUUCUAAAUUUGCUUUCAUGAAUUUAAAAAAGAAAUUGGCUAACAGUUUCCUUGUAACCAUGAUGCAUUCCCGGACACACCCUGGUCAGUGACGUCACCAUGGCGUUGCCCAUUGAUGGAAAACACCUGUUGAAACUGUCACGUUGCCUAAAAACCUCACAGCAGCAGCUCUCUGCCCUGUUAAGACCAGUUAUUAAACUUCUACGUCAUGUUUAACCUCCUUGUGUCAGUGUGAAGAAGAAUGGAACUGUUGUUGCUUUUGUUUAUUUUUCAUUUUUUUGUUUUGUUUCAAUAUAUUAAAGAAGAGCUAACAUUAAA